CAGAGGUUGGGUGGCCUUACAGUGGAGCAGCUGUCACACUGUCUUUUACCAUGACGAGAUCAGGUGCCUUCAAACUCAGCAUUGUCUUCUUUCUCGCCUUCAUCCUGUGUCUACCAGAGUUUUUUCCAGAAAUAUCACAAAUUGAGUUUCUCUGUGAGCUGUUUGACCCUUGCACUCCUGAAAAUGAUGCACAUGUGUGUACUCCGGCUGAACCUCCAUGUGAGACAGAAAGGAUAAAUGCCAGCAGUCAAAACAUACAUGGUGACGGCUGGUAUCUGUGUAAGACUGAAAUGGAUCUGCAGCUUCUCUACAACAAUACCUCACAGUCAGGAGAGCAUGAAAAGGUGGUACUGACAAUGAAGGCAGGCAAUCUCUCUGGAUGGAACAUUAGUGUGUUUGCAUUUCUCAACAACACUGAUCUGUACACUGGACCCCAAAAUGACCAGAGACUCUUCUACUGCUACCUCCCACCAGGCGACAGCAAAUGUCCAGAUCUGGACAUAUCUAUGCAUGAAAACACCAGCACUCCGACACAAGACACCUCGAUUUUAAAAACCAUUACUUCUGCAAACCCAGCCGCCUCUUCGCUCAAAACAACUACACUAUCUUUCCAAGCAACAGCUUCUACGAAUGAGCUGAAGUGCCAACCAACCAGCAGCAGCAGUUUCCUCUUUUACUACCAGGAGCAAAAUGAAACAGCAAGAUCAGCUGCAUUUCCAGCGACGCAAACAAGAAGAGAUGGCCGGUGGUGUGUGAUCACUUCGGUGUGGUUGGCUCUGGUACUGACUGUGGUUGUGGUGACACUAGUGAGUGUGGGCAGCCUGAUCUUAAAGAGCAGAAAACGUAGAAAGUCCAGUUUGGCCGCAUUUGUGCCGGUUUCAGCCAGUGGACAUCAGUUCAAAGAGCUCAGGAAACAAGAAGGAAAUUGUGAGUGA